AUGAUUCAAAGCCAAGAUCGUACAGACCCAGGAGCGAAUGCUGAGCCGGCGUUUGCUGGUGAAAAGCCAGGUAAAGACCAAUUCGAGGAGCAAAAGAAGAAUCUCGACAAGAAUGGGCAUCCUGGAGGAGACUCCAAACACCCCAACGAGAAACAUGACAAAGGUGACUCGGAAAAGGGGCGUCAUGCUGGCUUUGGCGGAAACAAAACCGACGUCGAUGAUCAUAAUAGAAAAGUUCAAACCGGAGCACCUCAACAAACCAAACCACAAGCAUCAACUGCACCCAAGCCCAGACCAUCCCAACACCCUCAUGGAAAAGUUCAUAUAAGGGAUCAAUUGACUUUUUCUUGGAAACAGGUUGGUGGAUGGGAUGUCGAUGAAGACACCGACAAGAAGAAGUUGUUGAAAAAUUCCAAAUCAGUUGAAGGGUAUAUUAUCGACCACUUCUAUGGUGAUUGGUAUUGGAACACUUCACUUAUGCUAGGAACAUGUCUUUUUGCUUGGUUGGUGGCCAGAUUGGGAGGUGGUAUUUUAUCCUUGGGACUUGUUUUGUUGUUUACAAACUCUGUCUACCGCGGAGAGUUUAGAAGAUUCAAUCGUAACGUUAGGGAUGACAUGAAAAGAGUCAAGGCAGACAACAGAUUGGUCAAUCAAUUGGAAAGUAUGGAGUGGAUGAAUUCGUUUUUGGACAAGUUUUGGGUCAUUUAUAUGCCUGCUUUAUCUGAACAAGUCAUGUUCCAGGCCAAUGAGAUUUUAAAAGAUCAGGCACCCGGUUUUGGUAUUGAGAAGUUGUCGUUGGACGAAUUUACAUUGGGCUCAAAGGCACCCCGUGUAGACUCAAUAAAGUCUUACCCACAAACUCGCCACGAUGUUAUUGAAAUGGACUGGGCAUUCUCAUUUGCUCCAAAUGAUACCGAUGAUAUGACCAAAAAUGAAAUCAAGAGAAAGAUUGAUCCAAAAGUUGCAUUGGGUGUUACUGUUGGUAAGGCAUUUAUUUCCAAAUCGUUACCAAUUUUGGUUGAAGAUAUGACAUUCACUGGUAGAAUGAAGGUCAAAUUGAAGCUUUCGUUGAAUUUCCCACACGUCAAGAUUGUUUCUAUUCAGUUUUUGGAACCGCCAAAUAUCGAUUAUGUUUUGAAACCUAUUGGUGGAGAUACCUUGGGUCUUGAUAUCAUGUCAUUUAUUCCAGGUUUGUCCAAAUUCGUUAAUGGUAUCAUCCACUCGACUUUGAGACCCAUGCUUUAUGCUCCAAACUCUCUCGAUAUCAAUGUUGAAGAACUCUUGGAGGGUCAGUCAAAUGAUUCUAUUGGUGUUAUUGCCGUUUACAUCAAGUCUUGCAAGAACUUGAAGACAGGACAAACAACAAAAGCCAAUAGUAUUAAUCCGUACGUGCAAAUCAAGGUGUCAAACAAUGGUGAUAUUGACGAAAGAACCAAAGUCAAGAAGCAGGUUAAUGACCCAAUAUUUUUGGAACACAAAUAUAUAUUGGUCAACCAAUUAGAAGGUAAUUUUUUCAACUUCAAUGUAUUCCACUUGUUGGAAGAUCAAGCAGAUGACCAGCUCAUUGGUAACUGUGAGUUCCCCAUGGGUGAGUUUUUACAAGAAAACAACCAGACUGGUAUUGUGAAGAAUAUCAUGGAAGGUGGUAGAGUUGUGGGGAAAUUGGAAUUAGACAUGAAGUACUUCCCCACAAUGCAACCAAUCGAGCUUGAUGAUGGAACUAAAGAGGUUAUCACUGAUUCAGAAGUUGGUAUAAUGAAGCUCACCUUACACGAGGCAAGAGACUUGGAUAUUUCCAAGUCUGUUAUUGGGUUAUUAAAUCCCUAUGCAGAGAUAUAUGUCAACAACGAGUUGGUGAAGUCGUGUCGUAAAUUGAGGCAAACUAAUGAACCUUCAUGGGAACAAUCUUUUGAAAGUUUAAUCACUCAACAAACUGAGACGUCGAUUCAAAUCCUCGUGCGUGACACUGUUGACAACAGCAUUGUUGCCAACUUACAAGCUAACUUGCAAGACCUUGUGUUUGAGAGUGGAAGAGGCCAGCUGUGGAUCACUUGUCCAGCACUCUCUGAGAAUUCACCACCGCCUCAAAUUCGUGUUAGUGCCAGUUGGAAACCUUUGGCAAUUGAUGAAGAAGCUAGUGCCAAGGUUAUAACUCCUGCACCAGUCGGUGGUAUUCGUAUCCACUUGAGAGGAGCUAAGGGAUUGAAAAACUUGGAGUCUGUUGGGUACGUUGAUCCAUAUGUCAGAGUGAUUAUGAAUGGUAAGUUGAGAGGUAAGACUGUUACUUUUGCAGAAACUGUCAACCCGCAAUGGAAUGCAGUUUACUUUUUGCCAGUUUCAAACCCACAUCUGCACUACUUGUUGGAGAUUAUGGAUGCAGAGCCUGAGGGUAAAGACAGGACCUUGGGUACUGCCGCAAUCAAUGCUGCUGACUUUUUGAGAAAGAAUGCUGAAGGUUAUUUCCUUGGCUAUGAUGGUGCUGAAGAGAUUAUUGAGCAACCCGUGUUGUUUGAAGGUGAGCCCUGUGGAACGCUUUUCUAUUCUGUUUCCUUUUUCCCUACCAUCAAUGCUUACUCUUUGUCAGAAUUGCAUAAUUUGGACGAAUAUGAAGAGCAAAAGCGUUUGAAGGAAAAACGCGAGGAAGAGCAGUACAAGAAAGAUGAAGAAACUUUCAAGAACAACCCUGGACAGUAUGAGUGGAUUGAGACUGAGGAAGAUGCUAUUGCCGAACCACCAAAGAUUAAGCUCAAGUUGGCAGAUGCUGUUAAAUACAGGGCUGGUGAUAUGGCGGUGCAUCUUCUUGGUGGUAAGUUCCACAAGAAUGAUGUGUUUGUGCAAACGAUUUUUGAUGAGCAUGCGUAUCCAUCGGGUGUUUCUCCAAAGGUUGAGAAUAGACAAAUAGUUACAAAGUCCACCGGGGAAACUUUUAUUAGAGAUUUGCCCAAUUCCAAGGUUAUCUUUAGAAUCACAAAGAAGGUGGAGGUGACCCAAAAGAAGGACAUUUUGGUUGAGAAGACCUUUGAUACGAUUGAUCUUUACGAAAAGUCUUUUAAGAAACCAAUCACACUUCAAAUUGGGCCCAAAGAUUCUAUUAAAGUUCAGCUCGAGUACAUUCCAUCGAUUGCCAAGUUGGCCCCAUUAGACACCAUUUUGGAUGUUGGUAUUUGCAAAUUGGAAAUCAUUGGCGCUAAAAACUUACCUUCAGUUGAUAGCAAUGGUAAAUCAGAUCCAUUGUGUGUUGUUAAAUUGGACGGUAUUGAGGUGUUCAAGACCGACAAGAAGCGUAGAACUUUGGACCCACUUUGGAAUGAGGCUGUUGAUUUCCCUAUGAUUUCAAGAUCAAGACAAGUUUUGCUUGUUGAAGUGUAUGAUUGGGAUCUCACACACGACUUGGAAUUGUUGGGUAUGGCCAAUCUCGAUUUGUCCAACAUUCCAGCGUUGACAACCACCCCCUUCACAGUCAACUUGGACACACAAGGAACACUUGAUUUGAGAGCAACUUUCUUCCCAGAAUACGUCAGACCACCUGUUGAAUCCAAGGAAGCAAUCCCUGUUGAUCUUAGCAUGGUGCAUCAAACUUCGAUGAAGGCAGUAGGAAAUGUUGCUGAUUUUGCAACUGGCGCUGUUGGUACAGGUCUUGGUGCCGGUGCUGAUGUUCUUGGUAAAGGUGACAGGUUUUUCAAAGGCUUGCGAGGAAGUAGGAAAUCUAAGAAGGAUGGUGAUCUGGCUAGUAAGGCUGAUGACGACAAGUCAGUUGCUCCAAGUCAAACUGGGGAAAGUGAACGCAGCGGUGUCAAGAGUGAUAAAUCACAGAAGCAACAAGAUGAUGGACAGGAAGGAGGACAAGAAGAUAUUCCGGAAGAGGAGAAAGAAUUCAGAGAAGCUCAAGAUGCAGAGAUCUCAAGUGUUAUUGCCGCACCAAACAUUCGUGAAGAACCAUUACCUCCACCACAAAAGCCAAUUCUUGGACACAGUAGGAAUGUUAGUAGUGCUACAGAGGCUUCUAGCUUGAAUGGCCAAGGUGCAAUCCCUGGUAGACUUACAAUUGUGGAGGCAAAGGGUUACAAUAAUCCAACCUUGGAUGUCAAGGCUGUGUUGAAAACCUCUACCAAGGAGAAGACAUUGUUGAAAACUAGAGACGCUAAACAUGAUAAGCAUACAAAUUCGUACAAAUGGAGCGAAAGUGUACCAUUUAAGGCAGCUCCUACAGCACAGUUGAUUCUUACCGUCAGGCAGUCCCAUACUUUUGGAAAGAAUGAGACUGUCGCAGAAGCGGUGGUCAAUUUAAGUCAUUACAUCAAUGUCAAUGAGAACAUCUCCAUUCCUACGGGACAUGGAGAAGUUGUAAUUAAUUUGAAAUACUUUACUUAA